CCAAUGCAACAGACGUUCGUCCAAUCAGAGAGGUGGAAAAUGCUUAAGUUCUUUUUUGGGGUUGUCAAAUGUGGACGAUGAUCUGUGCGUCAGUCUUGAAGUUUUCCCUCCACAUCGUAUGAUCUUGUCCAGAUUCAAUGAACACGUAGUCUUCAAAACCCACAAGCACAAGCAUCUGGACCAAUUCUUCACCAACUCCAACUGGCUACUGCUUCCCAAGUCAUUGCCCUGCCUCUCCUCAUUCCUGCCCCGUCCGUCCGUCCGUCCAUAGAUAUCCACUCGCCAUGGGUGCUCUCGACGCUGCCUUCAUCCAAGAAGCCGAGCAGAGGCCCGACCUCAAGAUGGUGGAAGGCGAAGGCAUCCCCAUGAUCGACCUCUCCGACUCGCCCGCCCGGACCCGGGAAGAGCUCGCCGCGGAGAUCGGGGACGCGUGCAAGAAGUGGGGCUUCUUCCAGGUGGUCAACCACGGGGUCCCCCUGGGCCUCCGCAAGAGGGUGGAGGAGCUGGUCAAGGAGUUCUUCGAUCAGCCCCCCGAGGAGAAGGAGAAAGUGAAGAGGGACGAGGUCCAUCCCAUGGGGUACCACGACAGCGAGCACACCAAGAACGUGAGGGACUGGAAGGAGGUCUUCGAUUUCUUCUUGCAGGACCCCACUCUGAUCCCUGCUCUGUCUCACCCCGAGGACAAGUCCCUGAGGAAGCUGACCAAUCAGUGGCCCCAAAGCCCCCCGCAAUUCAGAGAGACGUGUGAGGAGUAUGCAAGAGAAGUGGAGAACCUUGCGUUUAAGUUGCUGGAGCUGAUCUCUCUCAGUUUGGGGCUGCCAGCGGAUAAAUUUAAUGGCUACUUCAAAGAGCAGACCAGCUUUCUCAGGUUCAAUCACUAUCCUCCGUGCCCCCAGCCUGAGUUGGCUCUCGGGGUUGGCCGACACAAGGAUGGUGGGGCCCUGACCGUUCUUUCCCAAGACUCUGUGGGAGGCCUCCAGAUACAGCGGAGAUCAGAUGGAGAGUGGAUUUCAAUAAGGCCGACACCUGAUGCUUAUGUAAUCAAUCUUGGCAAUGCUAUGCAGGUUUGGACGAACGACUUGUACUGGAGCGCGGAGCACAGAGUGGUGGUUAACACAGAGAAGGAGAGAUUCUCCGUUCCUUUUUUCUUCUUCCCAGGCCAUCAAGUCUCGGUGAAGCCACUGGAUGAGAUAACGAACGAGGAGAAUCCUCCCAAGUACAAGGAGUUCAACUGGGGCGUGUUCUUCGCGAUGAGAAACCGAAGCGACUACAAGAAGCAAGAGGUCGAGAACAUCCAAAUCGACCAUUUCAAGGUAUCGGAGUGAUCGAUCUCGAAUUAGGAUCGAAAGAAGCAACGGCGGUCAUUAUGUGUGUAAGUCGUUAUUUGCCGAUGGAGUGGACAUCAGAGUCCAUGGAUCAUAAGAUGCUGGCACUGUGGAGGAGACUUCAGCACAUAUGAAUAAAGUGAUAAUUUGCAUCGAGCUUGUGAUUAAGCCCAUUGUUUAUAUCUA